UUUGGUUACAUUCGGCAGGCCGGAUAAAGCUCGGACUUAAUUUUGAAAAGAAACGAGCCCACUAAAUCUGAUGAGCAUAGCAUCUCUACUUUGUCCUGGUGUUAGCUUUGCUUUGUCAAAGAAUCACAUGAAACUCCAAAUCCAUAAAGUAUUAAAAGCCGAGAAACUAAAAGAAAAUGUUGAGUACAUCCAAACCCUACAAAAGCACUAACCCUAAACCCUAAACUUCACAAAAAGAAAGCAAAAAACCAAAAACCCAAAACCAACAAAAUGCUAAAGAGUUACAGUUCAAUAGAAUUGAGGUAUGAAACUUUCCAGCCGCACAUCUUCGUUUCACCAAGUAAGCUUCCUCACCUCCAUUUUCCUUGCGUAGCUAGAGUUUUUGCGGGGUUUAAUUACAAUGACGGAGGAUUUUCUAAAAACCAAAACUUUCUUGAGCAAGGCCUAAGUGCAAGCGUAAACUUAAAUACCCAGAAGCAGAAUUCAAGAGGAUGUAGGGUUUCUCUAGCGUUUAAGCUACAGUGCCACUCUAAAACCGUGUUUUUGCCCGCUAGAAGUUCUUCAAGUAAUGUUAAAAAGAAGAGAUAUGGAGGUGUUUUGUCUUCGAUUCUUAUGUCUUUGGAAUCCGAUAAGGAUGUAGAAAAAACCCUUAGUACGGCUUGUGAGAAUUUGAGUCCAAAAGAACAGACUGUGAUACUGAAAGAACAGAGUAACUGUGAUAGAGUUAUUCGGGUUUUUGAGUUUUUCAAAUCACUGAAAGACUAUGUGCCAAAUGUAAUUCAUUAUAAUAUCGUGCUUCGAGCAUUGGGGAGAGCUCAAAAAUGGGAUGAGUUAAGGCUUUGUUGGAUUGACAUGGCGAAAAAUGGUGUCCUGCCCUCAAAUAAUACUUAUGGAAUGCUAGUUGAUGUUUAUGGGAAGGCUGGUCUGGUCAAAGAAGCACUUUUGUGGAUUAAGCAUAUGAGACUCAGAGGACUUUACCCGGAUGAAGUAAUGAUGAAUACGGUUGUUAGGGUUUUGAAGGAUGCUGGGGAAUUUGAUAGGGCAGAUAGGUUUUAUAAGGAUUGGUGCAUUGGGAGGGUGGACUUGAAUGAUCUUGAGUUGGAUUCAAUGAUUGAUUUUGAAAAUAGGUCUGGUUCAGCUCCCAUUAGUUUUAAGCAUUUUCUGUCAACUGAGCUUUUCAGGACAGGUUGUAGAAGUCCUGUUUUGGAAACUUUAGGUUCACCAGAUACAGAAACUUCUAUGAGAAAACCACAACUAACUUCUACCUACAAUAAUUUGAUUGAUUUGUAUGGAAAAGCUGGGCGCCUCAUGGAUGCAGCUGAUGUGUUUGCUGAAAUGUUAAACUCUGGUGUGGUGAUGGAUACCAUCACCUUUAACACUAUGAUCUUUACUUGUGGAAGUCAUGGCCGCUUGUCAGAGGCAGAAUCCUUGCAUGGUAAGAUGGAAGAAAGGGGAAUACCUCCUGACACAAAGACUUAUAACAUCUUUUUGUCUCUGUAUGCUGGUGCAGGAAAUAUAGAGGCUGCCUUGGAAUAUUACAGGAAGAUCAGGAAAGUAGGUCUUUUCCCUAAUAUUGUAACUCACAGAGCUGUUCUUCAUAUAUUGUGUGAGAGGAAUAUGGUUCAAGAAGUGGAGACUGUGAUUGAAGAAAUGGACAAAUUUGGUAUUCACAUUGAUGAGCAGUCUCUUCUUGUUCUUAUGAAUAUGUAUAUUUCCAAAGGGUUGCUUGACAGGGCAAGAAAUCUUUUUGAGAAGUUUCUUUUGGAUUGUGAGCUUUCAUCCAAGACACGUGCAGCAAUUAUAGAUGCUUAUGCAGAAAGGGGGCAUUGGGCUGAAGCUGAGGCUGUAUUUUAUGGCAAGAGAGAUUGUCCAAGGCUGAAGAGAGGUGUUGUUGAGUACAAUGUCAUGGUCAAAGCCUAUGGCAAAGUGGAACUUUAUGAUAAAGCUUUCUCUCUUUUCAAGAGCAUGAGGCAUCAUGGGACUUGGCCUGAUAAAUGCACUUAUAAUUCCCUUAUUCAAAUGUUUUCUGGAGGUGAUUUAGUGGAUCAGGCAAGAGACCUCUUACGUGAAAUGCGAGCAGCAGGAUUAAAACCUAAGUGUCUAACCUUUUCUUCUCUUAUUGCAUGCUAUGCCCGUCUUGGCCGGCUUUCUGAUGCUGUUGAUGUAUUCCAAGAAAUGGUCAGUGCAGGGGUGAAGCCCAAUGAAGUUGUUUAUGGGUCUUUAAUCAAUGGGUUUGCAGAAAUAGGUAGUGUUGAAGAAGCUCUUCGAUAUUUUCGCAUGAUGGAAGAAUCUGGAGUAUCAGCAAAUAAGAUAGUACUAACUUCGUUGAUUAAGGCUUAUACCAAGGUUGGGUGUUUGGAAGGAGCAAAACGUAUGUAUGAAAAGAUUAAGGGUCUGGAGGGUGGUCCAGAUGUCAUUGCAUCAAAUGGUAUUUUAAAUCUUUAUGCAGAUCUCGGGAUGGUAUCUGAAGCCAGAUGUGUUUUUGACAAUUUGAAAGAAAAGGGUGGUGCAAAUAUGUUUUCAUUUGCAACUAUGAUGUAUCUGUAUAAAAGCAUGGGUAUGCUUGACGAAGCAAUUGAUGUUGCAGAUAAGAUGAAACAGUCUGGUUUGUUGAGGGACUGUUCUUCAUACAAUAAGGUAAUGGCAUGCUAUGUUACGAAUGGCCAGUUACGUGGGUGUGGUGAAUUGUUGCAUGAGAUGAUUAGGCUAAAGAUUUUGCCGGACACUGGAACCUUUAAUGUACUGUUCACUGCACUCAAGAAGGGAGGCAUUCCAAUUGAAGCUGUAACACAGUUAGAGUCAUCAUACCAGGAAGGGAAACCCUAUGCAAGACAAGCUGUUAUCGUUGCUGUUUUCUCUUUAGUAGGCUUGCAUGAUUAUGCACUUGAGUCUUGUGAUGCCUUCACAAAAGCAGAAAUACCUCUUGAGUCUUUUGUGUACAAUGCAACCAUAUAUGCUUAUGGGUCAUCAGGGCAGAUUGACAAGGCCUUGAACAUAUUCAUGAAAAUGAAGGACGAGGGCCUGGAGCCAGACAUUGUUACCUAUAUUAAUCUUGUGGGUUGUUAUCGGAAGGCUGGGAUGUUUGAAGGUGUGAAAAGAAUAUAUAGCCAAUUAAAAUGUGGAGAGAUUGAGCCCAAUGAAUCUUUAUUUAAGGCUGUCAUAGAUGCGUACAAAGAUGCUAACAAGCAAGACCUUGCUGAAUUGGUCAACCAAGAGAAAAUAUUUGGUUUUGAAGGACAAAAUUAUUCCGACUCUGAGAUUGAAGAUGAGAGGGAAGACAUUGUUCUAGACCCCGCAGAAUUCAAUGUAUAUUUACCAAGAGAUGAAAUUUGCCUUCAACCGAAGGCUGAAGGAGAACACACAACCUUCUCUAUACUUUUAGACUCCUAUUAUUCAAAUGUAUGUUAGAAUCUACUCUUUAUUAGGGCUUAUACUGUGUAGAUUUAGUUUGUGUGAAUGCAAGUCAAAGUGAUGAAAAAUGUACGAUUUAAACACUGGCUUCCCUUUAUACCAAAAUUUGCCUGUUAAGUUGUCGCAGUUGUGUUGUGGUUGUCUGGUUCGUUAAGCCCCCCCUGAAUAAAUUCAAAUAAUAAUAGCUGCUAGAUCU